UCCAUACCUCCGACUUUCCUCCAAACUUGCUCAAAGAAAACCACCAUCAUGGAUCUGGACCCAGCCGUCAUCAUCCCCGCCAUAAUUUUCACCAUUGUCGCCAUUUAUUUUGCUUCUUUGUACCUGAACAAGAAGCCCGACACCUCAGCAGCCAGGAAGAAGAAGCCUAAAGUCGGCGACGGUGAUGACGUCCCCCUGUCCAGAGAUCUGGCGCCACGGCUACUGGUGGAAAAUAACCCUGUUAAGUGGUUUCCUUGGGGUAAGUGGAUGGAAAGGAUGAGACAUUGCAUGUGGAACCAAAACCAGAACCAGAACCAGGAUCAGAACCAGGACCAGGACGGACCCUCCAGACCCGCGGCAGACUGCAGCGCCCCCUCUGGUAUUGACGUGGACAUCGACGUGGAACACAAGGGUAAGAUGAUCAAGGUGACCCCUCCCUCUCAGAGUGGGGGGGUGGAGGGAGACGGGGGUGGAGCCAGCAGCCAGGACGGAGCCAAAAACGAGGGCAGGGCCAACUUUGAGGGAGGAGCCAGCAGUGAGAGGUCAAAGAGACAAAAGUUGGAGACGCCACAAGAAGUCCUCUUAAGAAUUUUAGAAGACUUGGGAGCUGACGACUUUGAAAAAUUUAAGUGGUACCUGCAGGGAGUCCUAAAAGACUUUCCAGCAAUCCCAAGGAGUAAACUGGAGAAUGUAACCAGGGAGAACACAGUGGAUAUGAUGUUCCAGACCUACAGAAUGAACACCAUUAAUGUGACCAGAAUAGUUUUAGUGAAGAUCAAUCAAAAUGUUCUAGUGGAGAAUUUAUCACACAUCAUCUCAGGACCUGCAGAUAUUCUUGCUACAUGCCAGAGAAAAGUCAGAUCCAACUUACAAAAGACGUUCCAGUGUGUGUUUGAGGGAAUUGCUAAAGCAGGAAACAAAACCCAUCUGAAUCAGAUGUUCACAGACAUCUACAUCACAAAGGGGGGGACUGCAGGGGUUAGUGAUGAACAUGAGGUCAGACAGAUUGAAACAGCAUCCUGGAAACCAGACACACCAGAAACAACAAUCACAUGUGAAGACAUAUUUAAAGCCUCACCUGGAAGAGAUGAACCAAUCAGAACAGUGAUGACUAUGGGAGUGGCUGGCAUCGGGAAAACAGUCUUAACACAGAAGUUCACUCUGGACUGGGCUGAAGACAAAGCCAACCAGGACAUCCAGUUCACAUUUCCAUUCACCUUCAGACAGCUGAAUAUGCUGAAAGAGGGAAAGUACAGCUUGGUGGAACUUGUUCAUUACUUCUUUAGUGAAACCAAAGAAGCAGGAAUCUGCAGGUUUGAAGAGUUCCAGGUUGUGUUCAUCUUUGACGGUCUGGAUGAGUGUCGACUUCCUAUGGACUUCCACAACACUGAGAUCCUGACUGAUGUUACAAAGUCCACCUCAGUGGAUGUGCUGCUGACAAACCUCAUCAGAGGGAAUCUGCUUCCCUCUGCUCGCCUCUGGAUAACCACACGACCUGCAGCAGCCGAUCAGAUCCCUCCUGAGUGUGUUGACAUGGUGACAGAGAUUAGAGGGUUCACUGACCCACAGAAGGAGGAGUACUUCAGGAAGAGAUUCACAGAUGAGGAGCAGGCCAGCAGAAUCAUCUCCCACAUCAAGACAUCACGAAGCCUCCACAUCAUGUGCCACAUCCCAGUCUUCUGCUGGAUCACUGAUGCAGUUCUAAAGAAGGUGUUGAAGACUAGAGAGGGAGGAGAACUGCCCAAAACUCUGACUGAGGUGUAUAUCCACUUCCUGGUGGUUCAGUCCAAACGGAUGAACGUCAAGUUUCAUGAAAAACCUGAAACAGAAUCACCCUGGAGUCUAGACACCAGGAAGAUGAUCGAGUCUCUGGGAAAACUGGCUUUUGAGCAGCUGCAGAAAGGCAACCUGAUCUUCUAUGAAUCAGACCUGACAGAGUGUGGCAUCGAUAUCACAGCAGCCUCAAAGUACUCAGGAGUGUUCACACAGAUAUUUAAAGAGGAGAGUGGAAUGUACCAGGACAAGGUGUUCAGCUUCAUCCAUCUGAGUGUUCAGGAGUUUCUGGCUGCGCUUCAUGUCCAUCUGACAUUCACCAUCUCUGGAGUCAACCUGCUGUCAGGAGAACAAACAACAUCAACACAGUUCUACCAGAGUGCUGUGGACAAGGCCUUACAGAGUCCAAAUGGACACCUGGACUUGUUCCUCCGCUUCCUCCUGGGUCUUUCUCUCGAGACCAAUCAGAGUCUCCUGCGAGGUCUGCUGACACAGGCAGGAAAUAGUUCACAGACCAAUCAGGAAACUGUCAAGUACAUCAAGAAGAAGAUGGAUGAGAAUCUUUCUCCAGAGAGAAGCAUCAAUCUGUUCCACUGUCUGAAUGAACUGAAUGAUCGUUCUCUAGUGGAGCAGAUCCAACAGGCCCUGAGAUCAGGAAGUCUCUCCAGAUAUAAACUGUCUCCUGCUCAGUGGUCAGCUCUGGUCUUCAUCUUACUGUCAUCAGAAGAAGAUUUGGACGUGUUUGACCUGAAGAAAUACUCUGCUUCAGAGGAGGCUCUUCUGAGGCUGCUGCCAGUGGUCAAAGCCUCCAAAAAAGCUCUGCUGAGUGGCUGUAACCUGUCAGAGAGAAGCUGUGAAGCUCUGUCCUCAGUUCUCAGCUCCCAGUCCUCUAGUCUGACAGAGCUGGACCUGAGUACAAACAACCUGAAGGAUUCAGGAGGGAAGCUCCUGUCGGCUGGACUUCAGAGUCCACAAUGUAAAUUGGAGAAUCUCAGGCUGAAUUUCUGUAAUCUGUCAGAGAGAAGUUGUGAAGCUCUGUCCUCAGUUCUCAGCACCCAGUACUCCAGUCUGAGAGAACUGGACCUGAGUAACAACAACCUGGAGGAUUCAGGAGGAAAGCUGCUGUCGGCUGGACUUCAGAGUCCACACUGUAAACUGGAGAAUCUCAGUCUGUCAGGCUGUCUGAUCUCAGAGGAAGGCUGUACUUCUCUGGUCUCAGCUCUGAGCUCCAACCACUCCCAUCUGAGAGCGCUGGACCUGAGCUACAAUCAUCCAGGAGACUCUGGAGUGAAGCUGCUGUCGGCUGGACUUAAGGAUCCACUCUGGAGACUGGAAACUCUCAGGGUGGAGCCUGCUGGAGUCAGAUGGUUGACACCAGGUCUGAGGAAGUAUUCCUGUGAACUCACACUCAACACAAACACAGUGAACAGAAAACUCAAACUGUCUGACAACAACAGGAAGAUGACAUUUGUGAUGGGUGAGCAGCCAUAUCCUGAUCAUCCAGAGAGGUUUGACUCCUGGCCUCAGCUGCUGUGUAGAGAUGGUCUGACUGGUCGCUGUUACUGGGAGGUCAAGAGGAAAGGAGAUGUUGAUAUAUCAGUGAGUUACAGAGGAAUCAGGAGGAGAGGAGACAGUGUUGACUGUGUGUUUGGACGUAAUGAUCAGUCCUGGAGUCUGUUCUGCUCUGAUGAUGGUUACUCUGUCUGGCACAAUAAGAGAAAAACAUCCAUCUCCUCCUCCUCUGUCUCUGAUAGAGUAGCAGUGUAUGUGGACUGUCAUGCUGGCUCUCUGUCCUUCUACACAGUCUCCUGCAAUUCACUGAUCCACCUCCACACCUUCAAAACCACAUUCACUCAACCUCUUUAUCCUGGGUUUAGGUUCUGGUCCAGGACAUAUGGUUCCUCAGUGUCUCUGUGUCCUGUGGAGGGCGGAGAGUCUCCUGUCAAAAGAACGACACAGUUCAGUCUGAUCAGGAUCAUCAGUUGAUGUUAGUGAGGAGAAUGUGGGGAUCACCAAUGAUUUCCUGAAUGGACUGACCUGUCUCUCUUAGUUACGUUGUUAUAGUUCUAGACUGCUGGGGGACUUCCUUCCUUUGACACAUUGA